UCCAGACAGACGCAACUAAGGUCAAGCGCCGGCCGUCUUCUAAAGGUGCACCACCAGUUGGCAAGAGCCUUCCAUCAGCAUCCCACGCACCAGUACAGCGUCCUGCAGGGCGGCUGUCCAUGGCCAUCAAGCCCAGGGCAGUCAUGGUGCGGCCUAGUUCUGGAACCACGACUGCAGCUGCCACCACGUUUGCCAGGGACACCCAACGUCCUACAGGGCUGCUGUCGUUGGCCAGCAAGCCCAGGGCAGUCCCGGUGUGUCCCAGUGCGGCAACUAAGACUGCGGCUGACACCAAGUUUGCCAGAGAGGCACCAGUGAGGCCAUCGGCCGCCCGAAAAGGUGUUCAGCAACCACAGGUCGGGUCCACGUCUGGGCCAUCAAAACAUGCUCGAGGAAUGCCUUCUGCACCUACUGUGGCAAAGCGGCCGGCAGACCGACCAACUCCAGCUUUGCCUGAACCACGUAGGCCUCUGGGACCGCCUGCAGGACAGACUGGGGCCUCGAAGAGAAACCUCCGACCAGUGGGUGGGGCGACCAGUGGGCCGGCACGGGGCCCAGCGGCUAGGCUAUCGACUGCUGCAAAGGCACCACGACCUCUCCUCUCUGGUGCCAGGCGGUCAGUGGCUGCUGUGCCGAGGGCUGCAGACAGCCAGCCGGUGCCUGCCCAGCCAGAGGCCAAGACUGGACGGCCUGCGGGUCCAGCGUUGCAGCCGUCGCAGUUGCCGCGCUCACGACUGAGGCCACCCGCUAGUCGAGGUGCUGUGCGAUCUGUGGCUGCUGUUCCAAGGGCUGCGGGGAGCCAGCCGGUGCCUGCCCAGCCAGCGGCCAAGACUGCUCUGCCUGCGGCUCAAGCUGUGGAGCCGUCGCACUUGCCCCGCUCACGACUGAGGCCAACCACCAGUCGAGUAUCGGGUAACAUUCCUCAUGUGCCCAGACCGGCCUUCAGUGGAGCGCGCCGCCUGCCGCCGGUGCCCGAGUCCCCAGUGCCGGCUCGCCAUUCAACUCCAGAAUGGCCAAACGUAACUCUGCGAAACUACAGUCCACAACUGUCACCCAUCAGGAAGCAGCCGGGACGUCACUGAAGUGUGCACUGCGCCUCU